AUGCCGUCUCUCAUCUCACCGCACGUUCUGGGCGCUGUGGCCGUCGCGCUCGUGCUCUUCCGGCUUGUGUUGACAGCCGUGAAAUCCCCCGUCCGCUCCCUCCCGGGGCCAUGGUAUUCCAGGUUCACGCAGGCUAUACUGAAAUACCAUACCAUCCGCGGGCGGCGAAUGUACUACGUGGACGGCCUGCACAGAAAGUACGGGCCAAUAGUCCGCAUCGCCCCCGACGAAGCCGCCGUGUCCAGCCCCCAAGCGACCCAGAUGAUACACAAAGUUGGUUCAGGGUUCAACAAGUCCGCCUUCUACGAUGCGAUUAACGGGCAGGGCCGGGAUGCCGAGCCUGGCAUCUUUUUCAUGCGCGGUGGGAAGCCGCACGCUGCUCGAAGGAGGCUGUUCGCUAGGGCUUUCAGCCAGAACUCACUGCAAGCUAACUGGGAGUCUGUGGUCCAGAGCAAGGUGAGGCUGGCAGUCACCAAGAUCCGGGAUGAGGCUGGAGCCGAGGGUGAUGCAGAUAUUCUCAAGUGGUGGACUCUGUUGGCCACAGAUGUCAUCGCCCACCUGUCUUUUGGCGAGAGCUUUCGCAUGCUGGAACUGGGCCGGCAAACGGCAUUCAUCGAUGCGGUGCAGGCAUCAGUGAUGCUGAGUGUCAUCACCGGUGAAGCGCCAUUCUUGCGCUGGAUCGGACCGCUAAUCCCACUGAAGAGCGUCCAGAAGCUCUUCAGCGGGGAGGAUCUCAUCUUUGAACACGGCUCCAUAGCCGUGCAGAACAUGCGCACAGAUAGUGCGAACACGCAGAAUCUCUUCGGGCAGAUGCUUGCCCAGGCUGAUAGCCAGGAGAAAACCGACCUCACAGAUUCUACUGUCCACAAAGAAGCCACCAACUUCAUCGUCGCCGGUUCCGACACCACAGCCGUGACCCUGACGUAUCUAGUCUGGGCCGUCCUCAAAAGGCCACAACUCCAGGCUGCCCUCGAGGAGGAAGUGGCCUCGCUCAGCCCCGAUCUGCUGCCAGAGGAGCUCCAGCAGGCCCCGCUCAUGAACAGUGUCAUCGACGAGGCCCUGCGUCUUUACGGCGCCGCUCCAGGUCCUCUGCCUCGUUCCGUCCCUGAGGGUGGCGCCACUUUGGCGGAACACUUCGUUCCCGCUGGCACGACGGUCACCACGCAUGCGUACACACUGCAUCGAGACCCAGAUAUCUUCCCGAGCCCCCUUGAAUUCGACGGCUGGAGGUUCGUCAAGCAACCUAUGAGCCCUGUCCAAAAGGCAGCUUUCAUGCCUUUCGGUGGAGGAACACGGAUCUGUAUUGGUUUGCAUCUUGCUUACAUGGAACUUCGACUUGCCACUGCCUUGUUCUUUAGGGAGUGUAAGGGCGCGAGGCUGAGCGCAAAGACAACAGAGGAUGUGAUGGAGAUGGCCGAGACUUUCCUCAUCUCGCCCAAGGGCCACUUUUGUAAGGUUGUGCUGACUUAG